AUUAGCAUCUCACAGGUGACCUGUACUGUAAGUCGUCAGCCUGCCGCCGCCUUUGGACUCCGAAAGCUCUUUUCUUUAUUCUCCAUUUGUUUUUUUUUUGGGAGGAGUUCUUUGAAGCUUUGAAUGAAACCCCGAUGGCUUUUUCCCUGACCUCUCCUCGAUGUGACACGUCGGGGUCCUGUUGGUGAAAUCAUGCGUCAAAUCCUGCAUGCAUUGGCGUUGUUAUGCUGCCUUCAUACGGCUCAUCCUUUCUGUCCAGCCCAGUGCACCUGUGUCUUCCACGGACGUACCGACGGAGCAGGGUCCAGGUCCGUGCUGUGCAAUGACCCCGACAUGUCCGACAUCCCCGUCAAUGUCCCGGUGGACACAGUCAAGCUUCGGAUCGAGAAAACUGCCAUCCGCCGGGUGCCGACAGAGGCGUUUUAUUACCUGGUGGAGCUCCGCUACCUGUGGAUUACUUACAACUCCAUCACUUCGGUGGAUACUGGAAGUUUCUAUAACCUCAAAGUGCUCCACGAGCUGAGGCUGGAUGGCAACAUGAUCUCCGUGUUCCCUUGGGAGUCUCUCAAAGAGAUGGCCAUGCUGAGGACCCUGGACCUACACAACAACAGACUCACCAGCAUCCCCAGUGAGGCCAUCCCCUACCUUGUGAAGAUCACAUACUUGGAUCUAUCCAGCAACAAGCUAGCCACCCUGCCCUCAAACCUUAUGGACAUUUGGCCGCCAUUCAAUGGAGAACCAGUCACGUCCAAUGCAUCCCAAAAGGUGGUUUUGGGCCUCCAAGACAACCCCUGGUUCUGUGACUGUAAGAUCUCAAAGUUGAUCGAGAUAUCCAAAAUGGCAGUGACGCCCGUGGUUCUCAUGGACCUGUUCCUGACCUGCAGUGGACCAGAGAAUCUGGCUGGUGUUCUCUUCCAGGGUGCCGAACUUGACAAUUGUGUAAAGCCGUCAGUCAUGACUUCAGCAACGAAGAUUACAUCUUCGCUUGGUAGUAAUAUUCUCCUGCGAUGUGACGCAACUGGCUACCCAACCCCAACCCUCUACUGGACGAGGUCCGAUGGAUCACUUGUCGACAAUACAGUACAGGAGUCCCCAGGGGAUGGUGUUAGGUGGUCCAUCAUGAGCAUGCAUGGGAUCUUGCACAAGCAGGCUGGGAACUACAGCUGCAAAGCUAAGAAUGAUGCGGGUUCAGCAGAAGCUACUAUCUCCCUUUCAGUGGCAGGCAGCAUGAGUACCACCAUCUCUCCAUUGAAAACAAACACUGGCCAAGACUUGGCAUAUGGAACAGACACAUCCAUCUCAACCUCUACCACAUCCAUGGUCCUUUCCAGGCGCCAGACAACAGUGGCUGCCCCCCCUGCAAAGCCAAAAACUACUCUCAGUAACGGUGUCCAAAAAGGUUCACUCAAACCUGCAAAGAUUAGGCAAGGAAGUGGUGGACAAAAGUUCCCAUCAGAUGAGGAGAACAAGAAAAGAUAUGCAUCAAAGUCCGUCAAAGAUCUGGAGAUUGUGGAGGAGACGUCUGACAGUGCCGUUCUGCUGUGGACAGCAGAGGGCUUACCAAAGGACUCUCCCCUCACAGUCGUAUAUUCACCUUACGGGGAAGAUGGUGAGGACGACUUCAAAAGAACAGUAGAGACGAAUGCGGGCAGUGGAAAAAUCCUGCUAGAGGAACUUUUGCCUGGCAUAAGAUACUCCGUCUGCCUUGUAGCAAAGGGCAGUGCUAUAGGAAAGGAUCCUUGCAUUGACUUCUACACACUUCUGGAGGGUGGACAGAAUCCAUUUUUCAUCAUCAUUAGUGGCAUUGUCUGUGUAUUGGUGGUGUCUCUGAUCGGCCUGUUGCUCUACAAGAUCCUCGCCCUCUACUGCAAAGGAAGUGAAGCAGCCCAGGACGAGGAGGAGCUCGAAAAAGAGAGCUACGUCAAGUUUGAGACCAUCACAAUGAAGCAAAGGACUAUGAAUUCCCAUCCAACCGAGCUUUGGGCAAGAAGGCCGACUCAUGAGUCAGAGAGAAUGCUCUUGUGCUCCAGGUCUAGCAUUGACUCCCAGAUGACCUACAAGAGUGACAGCUCCAGAUCGGAGUAUCUCUGCUGAUGGCAGAAUGACAUGCUCCAAAGACUUUAUCAGCUAUGACAGUUUGCCUUUGAUUAACCAUGGACAUGUUUAUAUUUUUAUCCGCAGGAAAAUAUACCCCAUCUACUGUCAUGUGAGUUCAUUAACAGGUCAUCUACAUCUAAUCUGGACAUUCCUGAGUAUGACUGAUAUUCAUUCAUGUCCUUAUCGGUUUUGUAGCCUUAUAUUGAUUGGAGCAUUUUGUGUAAUAAUUUGCCAGGACCUUAGUUGGACUUUUGUAAACUAAGCAAACAACCUGCCAGUUGUGGUGUUUUUGAUGUAAAACUGUAUGCCAAAAUUCAAGUCUUCGCAACAGAGAAUUAAUUUUGAUCCACUCCCCGUCACAAAGACAUCACCCACAACUUUGCUGAUCCAGAAAUGCCUUACCCAAUAAGUUAAUGGGAAUCUAAAUGCUUGCCAGUGUGUAUGUUCUCGCGUUUAUAUGUAUGGAAAAUGGCGUGUACGUCUGUUUUAAUAAACAUAAAUC